GUCGUCGCCCUCGUGCUCGUAGAGAUCGGCAGCGAGGAAGAAGAGUGGAGGUGGUGACGGGAGAUGGGAUCGGCGGCGACGGAGAUCGGACUGGAGCUCAAGCUAUUUGCUACCAGGGCUGCCGGUGGCUUCCUCAAGGAAGUCGCGGCGGCUGUCGACGGUGGGGUGGCCAAGUUGGAGGAGUCCGUGCGGAGCUUGGUGGAUGAGAGGAAAAAGAUAGAGGUUUUCAAGCGCGAGCUCCCCAUUUGCAUGUUCCUCCUCACCGAAGUGAUUGAGAUGUUGAAGAAGGAGCUUGAACGCUGCCUGGGAGAGCGAUUCACGCACGGCUUCAAAGAAUUCAUACCCAUUAGGAGUGAGUGCGAAGAGCAGGGUGCGGAUGGGUUGAAGCUUGAAGUAGACUGCAAGGAGAAGAGGCACUGGAUGAGCUCUGCCCAGCUAUGGAGUUCUAAUUCUACCGCCGAUGACAAGGUCGAUGAUGAUGGCAAAAGCGUCACGGAUGAGAGAAAUGGAAGAUCAGAUCUCUCCGAGGAGAAGGAGGAGAACGUUUGCUCGGAGUCCAAAAGGCACUAUUUUGGGGCCGGAUUCUUGCCGUUUAAGAACUCAAAGGAGGCAUCGAAGUCCACAACGCCGCCGCCUGAUUUCUCUCUUCUGUCAUCCGCCGCCGUCAAGAGCUCUGCUUUCUCUGUCUCUUCCACGGCCGACGACCACUCCGACAGUGGCUCCGGCGGCACCAAGCGAGCCGGGAGAGCCCCAUCGCUGACGAGCGGUGCGCACCUUAGCUUGCAGCUGCAGCAUCCGCCGAGGAAGACGAGGCGGUGCUGGUCGCCGGAGCUCCACCGCCGCUUCGUCCUCGCUCUCCAGAAACUCGGUGGUUCUCAAGCAGCGACUCCAAAGCAGAUCAGAGAACUCAUGAAAGUCGAUGGACUCACCAACGACGAAGUGAAAAGCCACCUCCAGAAAUAUAGAUUACAUACAAGAAAGGUGCCUUACGGUUCAUCAGCUGGCACAGAUAAGCCAGUUGUGUUCUUGAGAGACCUCUGGAUGCAUUCUGAGAACUGCAGCAACCCCUCAACACACCAGAGCACUGCUUGUGUUUCUGUUUCCCAAUCUGGCUCUCCUCAAAGCCCCCUUCAGCUGGCCAUCUCCGGCGUGGCAGCGGUGGCGAGGCCGGAGGAGAUAGCUGCCUGGAAGAUGAUGGGAAGUUCGAGAGAAGCUUCAAAUGGAUGUCCUGAUCAGUGAAGUUUACAGCUGAAACUUAGAAAUCUGAGAGGUGUCACAGUUUCAAGAGAGGAUUGCUAUAGGUGUAUUAAUUGUUGUGCCUUUGUAUAGAGUUUUGAGUGUUUUGUCGAUAAAAUGUAGGCAAGAGAAGAGGCCUUCGGAUAUUUGGAACAAAAUUAUGAGGAAAAAGGAGACCGAUUUUGCCCAAAUUUUUUGUUUUGCAUCAAGAGAAGAAAAAAAAUUCACGUGUUUACCAUUUUACUAGGAAGAACUCAAAUUGAAUAUGUAUAACGAUAUUGUUUUGAAGAGUAUUUAUUGAUAUUUAUGGAUCUUAUUUUGAA